AUGGCUCGUAACUCGGAGAAGGCCCAGUCGAUGCUGUUUCGCUUCCGCGAGGCACAGGCUGCAGACUUGGGCAUCAUCGACGCCGGCCGCACGCGCCGCCCCAAGCUUAUCACCGAGGUGGACUCGAUCCCCGCGUGCGAGAAAUGGCGCGGCCAGGUGCUGCGGGAAAUCUCGCGCAAGGUGUCGCGCAUCCAGGAGCCCAUCCUGAGCGACUACCAGAUCCGCGACCUCAACGACGAGAUCAACAAGCUCAUGCGCGAGAAGCACAUGUGGGAGGUGCAGGUGCGCAACCUCGGCGGGCCAAACUACAUGCGCGGCGGCGCCAGGGUCUACGAUGAGCAGGGCAGGGAGGUGCCCGGCGGCGGCAAGGGCUACCGCUACUUUGGCCGGGCCAAGGAGCUGCCGGGCGUCAAGGAGCUGUUUGAGGCGGCGUCCAAGGGCCCGGGCAAGGACGACAAGGCGUCGGCGGCGGGCGAGGACAGGGCGCUGCGGAGGGCCGUGGACGCGGCCUACUACGGCUGGGGGCCCGACGAGGAGACGGAGGAGCUGCUGCGGUACGAGGCGGAAAAGGAGCGGCAGGCGGCUGAGAACUUGCUCAAGACGGGCGACCAGGCGCCGCCCGAGGGCUGGGAGGCACUGCCGGGCGAGGGUGGGGAUGGCGAGGUGUGGGUGCUGCCCACGAUGGAGGAGGUGCAGGAGGAGUUGCUGGAGAGGCGGAGGCAGAAGCUGCUCCAGCAGCUGUAG